CUGAAAUAUCUGGCCGACGCCGUAAAGCAUAAGAGAGAGAGAAACAUUUCUUUAAGGAAAACCUUAAAAGCAAAAUUUUAUCGCUCUUUGUCCGUCUCUUUGAAACCAUUUCCCAUACCCCAAACAUGUCGUUCGUCGGGGACGUCAGCAGCGUCGGCGGCGCUAGCACCGUCGGCGUAAACAAUAAGCAGUUCUUUUGCCACCAAUGCAACCGUACCGUCAGUAUAACUAUCUCCCCUUCAUCUGACCCCUCUUGUCCCUUAUGCAACGAGGGAUUUCUCGAAGAAUACGAAAACCCUAACCUUAAUCCAGGAUCCGCCUUCCAUGACCCGAACCCGAACUUUAACCCAUUCUCUGACCCCUAUUUGACGAUGUCGGAUCCUGUCUCCUCCUUCCUCCAGCUCCUUUUUCCUUCCUCCUCUUCAUCAUCCCCUGCUUCCGUCGGGUCGACCCGUUCUGGCAGUGGCGACCCGUUCGCUUUCGAUCCAUUUGCCUUCAUUCAAGGUCAUCUCAGCGAUCUACGUUCACGCGGGGCGCAGAUCGAGUUCGUGAUUCAAAGCAAUCCGUCCGAGCCGGGCUUUCGGAUUCCUGUGAACAUCGGUGAUUAUUUCAUCGGACCGGGCCUCGAGCAACUGAUCCAGCAGCUGGCCGAAAACGACCCUAAUCGGUACGGAACCCCACCAGCAUCGAAAUCAGCCAUGGACACGCUACCUUCGGUGAACAUUUCGAAGCAUAACUUGAGUUCGGAGUUCAACCAGUGCGCAGUUUGUAUGGACGAAUUCGAGGAUGGGACUGAAGCAAAACAGAUGCCCUGCAAGCAUCUUUAUCAUAAGGAUUGCAUAUUUCCGUGGCUCGAAUUGCAUAACUCUUGCCCUGUGUGUCGUCACGAGUUGCCUACAGAUGAUCCUGAUUAUGAGAGGAGGGUUCGUGGUGCACAGGGGACUGGUGGUGGCAAUGAUGGUAGUAGUAGUGGUCUUGCCGAUAAUGCGCAGAGGUCUGCCGGGGAUAAUCGAACGGUGGAGAGGAGUUUCAGGAUAUCGCUUCCUUGGCCAUUUAGGGCUCGUGGGUCGGGUUCAGGAUCAGGCGAUAAUGCGGAGACCAGGCAAGAAGAUCUGGAUUGAGAACUCUUUGAUAGGCUUUGCGUGCAAUAGUAGUUCUCCGAGUUCAGUAAAGGCAAAAUUUUCAGGACCAUUGAAAUUUGGGGUGGCUGAAGAAAGAUUAUAGGAGCAUGUCAUUUUCUUCUGGAAUUCUCUUAAGAUUAUUUAGGUGUUCCUCCAAUGUAAAACUAGAAGUUAUAUUAUCGUUUUUCUUUAGGACGUGUUGUUAAGGAAAGCAUGCAAAGAACUUGCAGGAGAAAAAAGUUACUGGUGAGGGUCAGGAAUAAGAAAAGCGUAAGUUAUUUUUAUACUUCCAGGAUAUGAUUUGUGGCACUAACAACAUAUUCAGUGGAAGAAACUCACAAGUUGUAAUGGUCAUGUAAUGUCUAGGUUAUGUUAUGUGUUGUCACUCAAUUCGAUAUUUAUUUGCUUGAUUUUGUUUCAUUGUUAAGCUGUCUGAACUUGUCCUGGUAGCUGGGGUUGAAGCUAUUUAUGUAUUUCUUCAGUACAAUAUCUAGCUGUAAUGUCAUACUUGAUGCUUAAGAAUGGCAAGGAUCUUUUAAUGUUCA